AUGGGUGAUCAACGUCAUCGUUAUGUUACAAAUCUUGAUAAUGUAAAUCUACUUGAAAAUAAUCCAACAAAUAUUUUGGAUGAUGAAUUUAAAAAUUCUAUGGAAAUUUUUAUUGCAGAAUGUAUUGGAACAAUAUCAAAGAAUUAUCUUUACGAAUAUCAACGAUUGGCCGUUUUCACUUUUUAUCCACCUUUACGUCAUCAACAAAUUCGUGAACUAGCAAUUGAGAAUCUAACAUCUAGUGAUGCACAACAUCAAAUAGCUGAAAAAGUUUAUAAACAAUUAGAAUUAAUUUUUCAAAAUAGAACAAUUAAAUGGAAUUCAAUAGCACAAACAACAGCAAAGCGAUUUGUUAGAAAUUCUGUUCAACAAGCUGUUGAAAUAAUACGUAAAAAAUUAUUACGAUCUAUUGAUCAUGAAUAUCCAAAACGAAAUAUUGUUAUUCAACGUUUUAUAUUAGAUCAUAAUCGAUUAAAACUUGUCUAA